UUCCUCUGGCUUUGUCCUCACUCGUUGGUCUCAUGGAACAAGGAGACAGUAAAGAGAGUUAUCAGGUAGAAAGUCACUCGAUCCUCCAUCAAGGCCUCGAAGUCUCCUUCAACCAAACUGCACCAAAUACACACAGAUAGAUAAUAAUAAUAAUAAUGGACUUUAUUUAUUUCAUGCAAGAAAUGGAGCUCAAAGUGCUUAACACACAAUACAGAUACAAACAUUUAAGUAACAUGGGAGCAUUUCAAAAGAAAAUUAAGUUAUAAGAAAUAAUGUUAUGAAUUGUUAAUGGCUGAAGUAAAGAGUUUUACCAAACUUGCUUCUCUGAUAUCUAGGCGCUUUCCGAUAAGAUAAUGAAAAUAAAACUUUAUUUCUAUAGAACUUUUUCUGACAAAGUUAGGGGUGGGAAUAAAUUCUGUUUAAUUAGUUUAAAAUCUGUCAUUUAAGUAUAUUAAGUAUGUAUGUUUUGAGAAAUGAGUUAAACAGGUGAAGAGCUGUACGUGGAAUCCCCUCAGGUAAAGACUUUUAGAGCCUCACAGUCCUGAUGGUUAAAUCCCAGUCACCCUGAGUUCUCAGCCUCGACUUUGGGACUAUAACAAGUUUCUGAUUUGGAACAGAAGAAGUAACUCGUUCUGUAAAGUAACUGGAGAACAGUUUUAGCUUUAAAAGUUAUUUAAACAACUCUUAUAACGAGGUGAGACUUUGGACGGAGCUCUCUGGUGGAGACUUCAGCUGCAGGGUUUUAUUAUUAGAUUCCUCACAUCGGUGAGUGUGAACUAGAUCUGUUGUGGUUUCAUGAUGAUAUUAGUGAGCGGCUGCAGGUGCGUCUGUGGUUUUCACCAGGCUUGAGUUACAGUACGUGUUUUUUCACAAACAGCUGCAGCUGCUGGUUCAAAUCGGCCAUUUUCAUUUCAGUGGAAACUUCCUGCUUCUCUUGUUAAGAAACACUAAACUUUCAAAAUGAUUUGUUUUUUCUUUUUAACAGGUAAAAGCAGCCAUGACAAGACAAAGUGGUCGCCUGCAGAAAAUAUCUGAAAAUGCUCCAGGGCAGAAAAGCAUAGUUUCAAAGCAAAUCAACAGGAAAAAGGUUCAGCCCUUGUUGAAGCUGCAGUGUGAGAAGAACCAGCUGAUUCUUAAAGGCGUCACCAGGCCCCAUGUUGUUAUUGAGACUGUGAGGGGAGCUCGGAUCGACUUUGACAAGAACGUCUCCUUGGCUCGGCCGUCCCCUCUGCCUCCUCUAGGAUGGGGCUCUUCUGAGGAUGUGUGGGUGAAGAUGGUUGGAAAGGAGCAGAGCUACAAACACAGUGAGGGCUUCACGCAGAAACACCCCACGCUUAAACCCAGAAUGAGAUCCAUCCUCCUCGACUGGUUGAUCGAGGUGAGUGGGGCGUACACGCUUCACCGGCAGACGUUCUACCUGGCUCAGGACUACUUCGACCGCUUCAUGUUGACCCAGAACAACGUGGAAAAGAACAUGCUGCAGCUCAUUGGGAUCACAUGUCUAUUCAUAGCAUCAAAGAUGGAGGAAGCUUGUCCUCCAAAACUCUCACAGAUGGUUCAUAUCACUGCAUGGACUUACCAUGAUGAAGAGAUUCUUCAAAUGGAGUUACUCGUUUUGAAGGCGUUGCGUUGGAACCUCUGCCCGGAAACAGCCGUGUCGUGGCUGAAGCUUUAUUUCCAGCUGGCUUCGAUGAACGCCAACUCCGACCUGCUGGAGCCACAGUUUCCCCGAGACCUCUACGUCCAGAUGACUCGGCUGUUAGAUCUCUGCAUCCUCAGUAUGAACUCUCUGGACUUCCAGUACCGAGUGUUGGCUGCUUCAGUCCUGUGUCAUUUCCUUCAGCAGGAAACAGUUGAAAAGGUCUCAGGUCUGUCGAGAGACGUCCUCCAGCCCUGCCUGAACUGGAUGGCUCCCUUCGUGGAGUCGGUGGGUCGGUUGGGCCGAGCCACACCAGAGGAUUUUGCCAGCAUGAAAGAAGAGAGACACAACAUCCAGACACACACAGACUACUUGACCAUGCUGGAUGACGCCAGUAAUAAAGAAGUGAUCGGGGAGUUCCUCACUCCUCCGAGCAGCACAGAGAAACAGUGAGCUGCUGCAGGAGGAGACACUGAAUUGAACAAAGGGGAAACGAACACUGAGUCCUGUUCUCUGGAGACGCCUCCCAUCACAACCAGUGCAGGAAAAAAGACUGUCUACAGGAAUCAGAGACCUGAUGGGAUUUUUAAUUCUGGUGUUUCCUCCCGGACAAAGCUUUAAACAGAAUCGUAUCGAAGCUGUUUGUCUUUUUAGCACCGAUGUUUGAUGCUUUGAUUCAGAAAAUAGUUUUUGCUGUAAGUUGUCAUUUCUAAGUGACAUUUUAAACUGAGUGUGCAAUUGUCAAAUUUUUGUAGCAUAUUAAAUAUGUUCAUCGCCAAAACUUCAGGUUGAGUUUUUAAACAUUAAAUUCUGUUAAACAGUCGAGUCUUUGAAAGUCUCAAAGGAAAAGCUGACUCAGGGCAUUUAAUCGUCAUGAACUGUUAUUUUUUCAAAAGAUUACAAAUGAGCUGUAUUUAUUUAUAAGUUUAUUUUCUACCACAAAAUAAAAAAAAUACACCCCCCCC